CAGGUCCUGCCAGCGGGCGCCGGGGUCCUAAAUACUGCCUUUGCCGCGAGAACCGUCGAGCCUGGACUGCGAGCCGCGCGGCUGCGGCGUCCGUGUUCGCCGGGAGGCUGGGCCCCGCCGGGAGGGCGAACGGGCCGCGAGGCUGCAGGCGCGGAGUCCUACGACCCCGGCAGUGCGCGGCGCCCCAGACCUCCGCAACAACCCAAUCUGCCGCGCUCGGCGCCUAGGCAAACGGAGCUGCCCCGGCCCCGCGCGGAUCAUGGCGGGCUGCGGGGGGCUGGCCCUGCUCCUGGCCGCCCUGCUGGGCAGUGCGUGGGCGCGGAGGAGCCAGGACCUGCAUUGUGGAGCCUGCAGGGCUCUUGUGGAUGAAUUGGAGUGGGAAAUUGCCCAAGUAGAUCCCAAGAAGACCAUCCAGAUGGGUUCCUUUCGUAUUAACCCUGAUGGCAGCCAGUCAUUUGUGGAGGUGCCCUAUGCCCGCUCAGAAGCACACUUGACUGAACUGCUGGAACGGGUUUGUGAACAAAUGAAGGAAUAUGGGGAACAGGCUAACCCUACCACUCAUCGAAAGAAUUAUGUACGUGUAGUGAACCGGGACAAACAAGCUAAUGAGCUGGACACGGAGGGCAUUCGAAUUGAUGGAGACAUCAGAGCCAGCCUCAAGUUUGCGUGUGAGAGCAUCGUAGAAGAAUAUGAGGAUGAGCUUAUUGAGUUCUUUUCCCGAGAGACUGACAAUGUUAAAGACCGACUCUGUAGCAAACGUACUGAUUUAUGUGACCAUGCCCUGCACAUAUCUCAUGAUGAACUGUGACCCACUGGAGCAGACCUGAUGGACCACCCCCUAGGAGGGGAAGAGGGGCUGCAAUACCUUUUAUAUGAUGUUUUUACUAAAAUGAACCCCACCAAAAAAGGAGAAAAAAAAAUAAUGGUGCAAACUAAGUUGUGUCUUCCCACCAAUCUCACUCCCUUGUAUUGGGUCUGGAAGCCUACAGAAGAGGAACAGAGAAAGAAUUUGGGAGUCGGGGUAGAAUGAACAUGUAUCUCUCCCAAGGAACUGGUUUUAUUCAUUCAAUCAUUUCUUGAAUGCUUAUUCUAUGAUGGAGCCAGCCCCAUUAUGACCCUAAUUUAGGGUAUAAAACAAACAUGAAAACUAGAGACCCAACAUUUCACAAACAUUACCUGCCAUGUACUAUAUAAUGCAUCAGAGAAGCAAGGAUUUCUGCCCUUAUAUUUGAGCAGACAAGAUUAGCUUCUGUUACAUGCAUUUUUAAUGUAAGUACAUGAGUAAUAUGUGAACUCGGCUUAGUAACUUCCCAUAUAUGAAGGAUUAGGUAAGAUUUCAUGGAAUACAUAAUAAUAAACUUUAAAAGACAGAUAGAAUGUUGGUAAGUAAAGGUGAGGAUUGGGGGACAUUCCAGGUUUAAAGAAGAGGUUCAGCAAAUGUAUUUAGGUGGAAAAACAUGGAAUGUAUUUGUGAGGUAGAAGAUGAUCAGGAACUAAAUAUUUGUAAUAGUGGUGAGAAAUAACACUGGAAAGAUGGAUUGGAAUCAUAUUGAGGAGGGUCUUGAAAACCACAAUAGAGACUGGAUUUUGGUAGGCAUGAGUGCCAGAAAUACUAAUCUAGCAUUGAUAGAUAAACUGUGGAUGUGGAAGAAGAAGGGCAUGGAAGCACAACAAGAGGCUAUUAGCUUAGGUGAUAUAUUGGGGGCAGUGAGAUUGGUUAAGAAUGGGACUAGAUUGGUUGAAAGGAAAUUGAAGUAUCAGAUGUUUGUGGAUAUUGGGAGAACAGUAUGUGGUUGAUUAAGACAGUAAGAAAGUAAAAGCGCAGGAAUGGGAAGUAGGAGGGAUUCAUUUAGUUUUAGAUGUGCUGAGCUUGAGAGUUAAGUGGGACACACAGAUGGAAAUGACAGACUGCAACUUGGAGAGAUCGGGCCCAGGAAUAUUUGCUUGUGGGUUGGCUUCUUGGGUAGAGAUCCCCAAAUGAAAACAGACAUCCAAGUUCAGCCUUUGGCAGAUGGUUACUC